UAAUCAAAAAAUCCCGGUGUGCCCGAUUAGCUGGACCGUAUAUUGCGCACCACCGACUCGAACCCUGGUCAGGUCCCCCCAACCCUACCCAACCCAUCAACGCCGUCUCUCUCUGUCUCCGCGGUAAAACUCAAAACCAAGCGCCUUUCUCUCUCUCUCUCCUCUUAACAUAGCCAAAGCCUAGAUCUCAGCCGCCUUUCUCUUUCUCUCUCUCUCUGUCACUAAUCUCUCAAAUUCAAAUCCAAUUUUCCCUCAAUUUAUACCCAAAAAUUUUCACUCUCCUAUCCAAAUUUCUCUACUAAUUAAUCGUCCAAUUCAACUUCAAUCUAAUCUUUAUUCAUAACUUACCAAAAAGAAACCUAUCUUUUGUACUGGAUUUUUUUUUUCCUUCAUAAUUUCCUAUGUGAAAGCGACUAUUAAUGGCGUCGAUCCGCCGGACUUUAUCGCCGUAUCACGAUCGGUCGUACCAGAACGGCGGGACUCCAUUCUCGACCUCACCGAAGCACUCCGGCGGUUCCAAGUACUCGUCGCCGUUGCCGGCAUUCGCGGCGUUCGCAGACAGAGUCCGCCGCUUAAUCGGCGAGCUCUUUUACCUCCACCGACAUCCGCCGCGUAAAUCUCACAGCCACCACCAUAGCUGGCCGAGGACUUUCCUCUACCGCUGCUUCUUCUUCUUCCUCUUAGGUUUCCUUCUAGGUCUAUCUCCCUUCGGCCACGACCACCACGACGACGACGAAGCAGCCUCCAUUAGUCGAAACCACGACUUCUCCUUCGAGAUCAAUCCGCCGCCUCAAUCGAACCGCGUCGUCGAUCUGAAGCUCGCCGAAGUAAGCUUCAACGCUAAACCGAAUUUCAAAGAAUCGGAGCGGUUCGAUUUCGUGCCGAGAAAGCAACUGAUAAUUGUAACGCCAACGUACAACCGAGCUUCGCAAGCGUACUACUUGAUCAGACUGAGCCAGGUGCUCCGUCUCGUGCCGCCGCCGCUGCUUUGGAUUGUGGUGGAGAUGAACACGGCGUCGUUUGAGACCGCGGAGAUACUGAGAAAAACCGGUGUCAUGUACAGACACUUGGUGUGCGUUAACAACAGCACAAAUGUGAAGGACCGAGGCGUGCAUCAGAGGAACACUGCUUUGGAUCACAUUCAACGCCACAGACUAGACGGUAUCGUUUACUUUGCUGAUGACGAUAAUAUUUAUUCACUCCACUUGUUCCACAGCUUGAGAAACAUUAGCCGGUUUGGAACUUGGCCUGUUGCUAUGCUUGCACAAAGUAAAAACAAGGCCAUAUUGGAAGGUCCUGUGUGCAAUGGGAGUCAAGUUAUUGGAUGGCAUACAAAUGAGAAAAGUAAGAAGCUUCGCAGGUUUCACGUUGAUAUGUCAGGAUUUGCUUUUAAUAGUACAAUCUUGUGGGAUCCAAAGAGAUGGAAACGCCCCACUUCAGUUCCAAUUCGACAGUUAGACUCGGUGAAGGAGGGUUUCCAGGAGACCACAUUUAUAGAGCAAGUGGUGGAAGAUGAAAGUCAAAUGGAAGGUUCACCGCCUGGUUGUUCAAGGAUAAUGAACUGGCAUCUUCAUUUGGGAGCUCGUCAUUUUGAUUACCCCAGAGGCUGGCUGCUUCAGAAAAACCUCGAUGUUGUUCUCCCAAUUAAAUGAACCAAACUUCAUUAUUGCAAUUUUGAUGGGUUGAGAGAGCGUUUCCCAUAUUUAACGCUGGUGGUACUUUUGAGCCUGAAUGGAUCAUUACCGCAGUUUACCACCAUCAGCAUUAAGAAGCAAUUAUUUAUGAUCUCCUGGGAAUGACAAAGAAGUAGAAGAUAUAUGAUUUUUGUUUGUAGAAAUUUUCCUGCUAUGAUAUUCUUUCACAGAAACGGAAACGAAUCCGUUUUUGUUGUAGAGUUAUGAUGCUUGUUUUUUCUGGGUUUUAAAAGCAAUUCACCCCCACCAGUCCAAAUCGUGUCUGCUGUGGGGUAAGGCUUGUUGUGGAACCCUACUCUGUAUGUGAUGUAGGCCUUGUAUAAAAAACAAGCAAGGACAACACGUCCAUUAUUGUAAUUUACCUUCUAAGCUAAUCUGUUCGAGGAAUUGUUCUUGCAAAACAGAUACUCUUUCCUUACAUUGAAGGUAAUUCACUUACCUUCUUUUGUUGACAUUCAUUUUAUAAAAAGCCACACCUUGAAUAGAAA